AUGAAUGAUAAUGUUUCAGCCAAACAGCACAGACAGUGGUCACGUUACCUCAGUGGGAUGGGCAGUGCUGGAUGUAUUAUUAAAGAGUCUGACACCAGGCACAGCAUAUUGUACCUGAGAGUGAGGACAACGCAGGUGAAAAGGACCCCCACUGCAUCUCACAGAGCAUUUGAAUACUCUGAAUAUCACCCAGUGAUGUGGACUCUGCUACUGAUUCCCGGUUUCCUGAUCGCAGAUUCAGCACUCACUGACCCCUGUGCAAAUCACACCAUCCUGGACCAGGCCUGGAGGAGCAUCUAUUGUAAAUGGACUGAGUGCACUGGCCAUUGGAUGUGUGAUGACAAACUUCAGGAAGGAUGGUACCAAUUUAAAAGUUCUGGUGGAUUGAAGAUUCCAGACACUCUCAUCCCAUUCGGUUACUGUUCCACAAGUUCUUCAGGCUGGUUAAAUGGUUCACAUCCCACCGUGGGAGAGGGGGAAGUAACCAGGACAGUUUGUUUUACCUCGGGUGAAAAUCGAUGCUUCUGGACCCGAGAGAUAAAGAUUAAAAACUGCAGCAGUGACUUCGUUUAUGAGCUGAAGCCGGUGCCAGGCUGUAAUGCUGCUUAUUGCACAGAUCCAGGUACAAUACCAACUCUGAAACCUGAGGAACAGUCGACUCGUGAAUACGAUGUCACUGCAUCAUCGAGCCCAACAGAAUCGGAAAUAUCAGCAGAUCCAGGGACGUUCCUAACUCCAGAACCAAGGGAACAAUCGAAAAUAAAAGAGUCCAUUGAUAUUUCUCCCUCUGUAUCAUCAAAGUCUUCAAACUCAGAUCCAGGGAAAACACCAACUCCGGAAUCUGAGGGACAGUCGACUCGAAAAUCCUCUCUCCCUGAAUCAUCCAGUCCAAAAGGAUGUGAAGUAUCAGCAGAUCCAGGGACGUUCCUAACUCCAGAACCAAGGGAACAAUCGAAAAUAAAAGAGUCCAUUGAUAUUUCUCCCUCUGUAUCAUCAAAGUCUUCAAACUCAGAUCCAGGGAAAACACCAACUCCGGAAUCUGAGGGACAGUCGACUCGAAAAUCCUCUCUCCCUGAAUCAUCCAGUCCAAAAGGAUGUGAAGUAUCAGCAGAUCCAGGGACGUUCCUAACUCCAGAACCAAGGGAACAAUCGAAAAUAAAAGAGUCCAUUGAUAUUUCUCCCUCUGUAUCAUCAAAGUCUUCAAACUCAGAUCCAGGGAAAACACCAACUCCGGAAUCUGAGGGACAGUCGACUCGAAAAUCCUCUCUCCCUGAAUCAUCCAGUCCAAAAGGAUGUGAAGUAUCAGCAGAUCCAGGGACGUUCCUAACUCCAGAACCAAGGGAACAAUCGAAAAUAAAAGAGUCCAUUGAUAUUUCUCCCUCUGUAUUAUCAAAGUCUUCAAACUCAGAUCCAGGGAAAACACCAACUCCGGAAUCUGAGGGACAGUCGACUCGAAAAUCCUCUCUCCCUGAAUCAUCCAGUCCAAAAGGAUGUGAAGUAUCAGCAGAUCCAGGGACGUUCCUAACUCCAGAACCAAGGGAACAAUCGAAAAUAAAAGAGUCCAUUGAUAUUUCUCCCUCUGUAUCAUCAAAGUCUUCAAACUCAGAUCCAGGGAAAACACCAACUCCGGAAUCUGAGGGACAGUCGACUCGAAAAUCCUCUCUCCCUGAAUCAUCCAGUCCAAAAGGAUGUGAAGUAUCAGAUUCUGAUUUCAAGACGAUUCGCGUGAAGGUCACCUCAGUACGAGGGCUCAAUGAAGAGAGAGCGAGGGACAUCAUUAUGGAUCGGCUCCAGAAGGAUCAAUGUCUAAUUGGGUUGAAGCGCGAGGACAUUCAGUGCUCAGGUGUGGACCAUCCAGAACCGUGAAAGAGAUGGAGAGUGUCACCGAGCCGCCGUGAUCCCAGCUCCUUGUGCAUUUCAAACUCGCUCGAUGACUACUCUGCUUUACCUUCAGCGUCUUUAAUGCAAUGAAUCUGUCAGCAAAGUGAUCGUCCACAACUAGGCAUGUGUGAUUCUGAUACGCCUAUUGCUUCAGCUCCACACUGCAAGAGUGGGGGAGUUCUUCAAGCUUAGUUAAAUAUAGAAUGCGGCCCCUCUUUUAGAUCAGUGACCUCUGGCCAGCCUGAAGCCAGAUUGGCCCACCAGUUCCGGCCCGUUUCAGGCUGGAAGUGAUCUCCUGUUUAAUGAAGGUUUUCGAUUAAAGAUCUCCAGAUGUGUAAAAGCCCUAAAGUUUCAUGGAGCUGUCAACACUGAGAAUGGGCACAUGGACCACAGGUAGAUGCUUGUUACAGGACAGCCACUGGGAAGAUAUGCUCUAUUUAAUCAAUGCUUCUGUAGAAUGGGGGAAUAAUUUGGUGCUGGGCUUUGCAGAACCAAAAAUAUGCUCACAAGUCAAGAUUAUAUUGAAUUUAAGGAUAAUUUCGUUUGGCAAUAGCUGGGUUAGUCUGCUGUAUAAAUUUGCGAUGAUGUUGGUGUGACAGAAAGAAAAUGUUAGGGGAGCAGCUGAAUUAAGAUAAGAGACUGAUGCUAGGUGGAUUCCUUACACGGAAUUAUAUUCAUGAGGAAGUGAAAAGUAAGAAUUUCUUUUUUUUACAUUUUUCACUGACGACCAUCAAUAGAAAUGUUGCGAAAUGACUCAUUGACCCUACAGGGUAAUCCAAACAAACUGCACAGGUCAGCAAGCUGGGCUUCAAUUAAUGGGUAAUCAGACAAGGAAAUAUCUCAGCUCGAAAGGCAUCAAUAAAGUGGAAGAUUGCAAACAGUGUUCCAAUUACAAGGGUUUGAAUGGCUGAACACUGAUUUUACAACUAGAACAUGCUUACAUCACUGAUAACAGCAGUCUGAUGUGAAAUCUGUUUGAUUUUAAACUUUGUGUGUAAUUGCUGUUGCUUGAGUUGUGUGCACAAUAAAUUU